GUAUCGUUGUUUUGUCGAUAGUUUAUGUUUGGUGUUUUGUGUUGUCAAUUGAAAAUCGACAUCGGAAUUCUAAUAUUCCCAUUUAUUUAUUCGAUUUGUUUGUUAAAUAGCUCCUAAAAUGUUCACACAAAAUGAAGACGAUUCUAUGGAAAUUAAUUCGAAUAGAAGAACUAAUAGUGAUCAUCCAGAUCAAUCCAGUAAUGUUACACGAAACGUUGAAACAGAAGGAGGCAUUCCAAACCCGUUGAACAAUCCAGAAAACCAGUGCCAUCAACUCAGGGAGAUUGACUGCAACCAACAAAAGUGUGAAAAUCAGAUACAUUCGCCCAACCGGUGUUGUUUCAGUCAGGAUGGUACGUGUAAGGACCCUAAUUGCAGGUCUUACUGGAAUAUCCCUCUGAGAGGGUGUUUGGAUAAGAAGGAAACCCCAAAAAUAUCUAAAGAAAAUAAGGAGACGCCAAAAAGAAGCUCUGAUGUGAAUAUAAUUUCUACUCCUAGUCCUGGGAGAAACGAAAAAAUCACUCCAACUAAACACCUACAAACUAGCUUCGAGGAAAGGAUAAAGUCUCCACCAAUACUAAAAAAUUCCAAUGAAGAAAGGCUCAUAACGCCAACUUUGAGAAAUGUUCUGGAAAAACAUCAAAAACAACGAAAAAGAGUUUCACCAAUCAAUCUUUUGAGGAGCCAAAAAACGCUGGAAAUAGACACUGUUUCAUUUUCAUCUCAGAGAAGUGUCGAUAAAUUAGGCAUUACAGAAGAGGAGAUUCUACCAGAUAACUACCUAGGGAUGAUCCCAGAAAUCAAAUCCCUAGAAAGAUAUUUACCUAGGGUAUCUUUGGUCCGUUAUAUGAAAUAUUUAGAUUGUAAUGGCGUGCAAGUGCAAGAAAUAGAUAUCGGUCAACCAUGUUUAGGUUGUGAGAGUUGCAAGGGAUAUGAGGCGCAUAGUUGGAGUAGGGAGAAGUUGGACGUCCAUUCGAGGUUACCUCUAUCCAGGCAGCUCAGCGAAGACAAAACCAAAACUCCGCCCAAAGUAUCGUUCGUAUACCAGAAAAACGAGGAAAAAAACGAAAUCAAGUCUCUAAUACCGUUCAUGCGACAAAAAAGUAAAGAUAAACUUAUCGAGGCGUCCAAGGGUAUAUUUUCCAGGCAGAAAAGUAAGGACAAGAACAAUAUCUCUCCCAAAUUGACGCCGCCAAAAGAGAAGAGCAAGAGUAUUUUCGAAUUCGCAUUCUCUAGACAAAAAACCGUACCAAAAAGCAAGAGCGAAUCAGUCGGAAACAGUCCAUCAGACUCGAAAAGUAAAACUGAGAAAAAUAAAUUCGAGAAGAAGAACAAGGUUUUUCCGGAGGUAGAGGUAGAACAGAAUGAUAGUGUACCGAAAAAAAAGUAUAUGCAGAACGGCAUCGAUAUGGACGAGUUGUGGAGAGGACUCACUAUAGAAUGCAUCAAAAUUCUUUCCUUAUACUAUAGAGUUUUUGGACAAGAAAAGAAGGAUUUUGCAAGAUAUCCGUUUCUAUUGAAAAACUGUAGGAACUGCAAAUGCCCCAGAGAUAACCAUGCCAUAUCAGAAUUUGCUGCCAGAUCUAGGAUAGGAUUUAGUUCAAGCAAUGAUACCCUUGAUCCAAGAACCAUAGGAUACACAUUUGUGCCUUCAGGACUCACUAAAGCAAACCAGGUGGCCCAAUAUUACUCGUUAUUUCCUAGUCACGAAGUGCCUAAAAUAGGUUCAGAAGGCGAAGUUAACAGAUCGAAACGCCUGGUGAAACAGCUGCCAAAGCAGGACUUAUCGUUGACAGUUUGCAAAUUCAUCGAAGGAAGCCAUAAGGGAAGUUAUCAGGACUUUAUACAGGCCCGUAACGAGAUCGCCCUAGACAUUGGCUACGUCAAACCAGCCCCUUGUUCGUCGACCUGUGAAUAUUGUGAAAAAACCAUACCCAUCGGACAGUACAGCGUUGCUGCCCUGAAAAUGGGCGAUUUAUUGUGGCAUCCGACGUGUUUCCGAUGCACGCAGUGUGAUGAUCUUCUCGUUGAUUUGGCGUACUGCGUCUAUAAGGACAAAAUCUACUGCGAAAGGCAUUAUGCGGAAUGUUUGAAACCUAGAUGCGAGGGCUGUGAUGAGUUAAUUUUUAGUGGCGAGUACACCAAGGCCAUGAACAAGGACUGGCAUGGUCAACAUUUCUGUUGCUGGCAGUGUGACGAGAGUCUCACAGGACAAAGGUACGUCCUUAGGGAUGACCAUCCCUACUGCGUAUCCUGCUAUGAGAGCGUGUUCGCAAACGCCUGCGAAAAGUGCAGCAGGACCAUUGGAAUAGAUUCCAAGGAUUUGAGCUACAAGGACAAGCAUUGGCACGAAGCAUGCUUCCUAUGCACAACGUGUGGUGAAUCCCUGGUAGAUAAGCAGUUCGGUUCAAAGGGAGAAAGGAUCUACUGUGGCCGUUGCUAUGACAAUCAAUUCGCUUCGAGGUGUGAUGGAUGCAACGAAAUCUUCAGGGCUGGUACCAAGAAAAUGGAGUACAAAACUAGGCAAUGGCACGAGAAAUGCUUCUGCUGCUGCGUGUGCAAAGUCCCCAUAGGUACCCAGAGCUUCAUACCAAGAGAGCAGGAGAUCUAUUGCGCCAAGUGUUACGAAGAAAAAUUCGCCACUAGGUGCAUCAAGUGUAACAAGGUAAUCACUAGCGGCGGUGUGACAUACAAGAACGAGCCUUGGCACAGGGAGUGCUUCACUUGCACCAACUGCUCCAAGAGCUUGGCAGGGGAGCGUUUCACCAGUCGCGAAGACAAACCCUAUUGCGCGGAGUGUUUCGGGGAGCUAUUCGCCAAGAGAUGUUUCGCUUGCAACAAACCGAUCACUGGCAUUGGCGGCACCAAAUUCAUCUCCUUCGAAGAUAGACAUUGGCACAAUGACUGUUUCUUCUGCGCCAUGUGCCGUACUAGCUUAGUAGGCCGUGGAUUCAUCACCGACCAAGACGACAUCAUCUGCCCAGAGUGCGCCAAACAGAAAUUACUAUAAGUCCGACCAACGUAGAGCAGCUGAAAAUAAGUAGCCUUCAAAUGGAAACCUCGAUGAACUGAUUCAUAUCCAGACAAUAAAAAUCCAACUUUUAAAUUAGUUUCCAAAGACAAAGAGGGUUAUUCACUUAUUCGACAUUAUUACCUUGCAGGUCUUCACCAAUGUGAUUAAUGUUGUUUUGCUAUACGAACACAGAAAUACACUUGACACUAACCUCACACGACACACAUGAAAAAAGAAACAAAAUAUCAAAAAAAAAAACAAUAAACAUCAAAAUUUUCACUGCAUAUCGUUUUAUGUGAUGGAAAUUUUGAUGUGAUAUUUAUUAUUUGUGUAAUAUAGAGCAAGUAGGUCAUAAAUAUUUUAUUUUUAUCUAUAUUAUUCAAGAAUGCCUUCGAAUUAGAUAUACAAGCGCCUUUUAUAUAACUUAGAAUAUAUUUGAUUCAGAAUAGAUCAGCUAAGAAUGUAAUAUGAUAUCAAAUAAGUUGACACACUUAAUAACGCCUCGUGUGUUGAUUUUUAUUAACAAAAACUUAGGAAAAUACUUCUAUAUGUAUAAAUGGACGAAAAACUUGUUUCAAAUGAAAAAAAUCUAUUUAAACCCACUAAAAAAAUAGUGUGUUAAAUUAAAAAUAGAUUACACAUUCUAAAAUUGUUGCCUUACAUAUAUUUGCUACUAAAUGAUUUCAUAUUAUAUUGUUGUUCUUUGAGUUUUAAUAAUUUUAAGCCUGUGGUUUUCGACUAUUUUAAUAGAGUUGUAGAUAAGCUUGACAGCAUUUAUAUGAGCCAAUUUGGUGCUAUGAAGUGUAGUUAGAAUUUUAUUGAAUAUUUAAUCAUGUUAUAUGAAUAUACUAUUAUAAUGAACGGCUUGUGACACUGUUUUUAAUGUUAUUUCUUUUAUUCAGACCUUAUUUAACAAUGCAUGAGAAUAACCGUAUGAAAGAGUCAUUUCCAGAAAUAUUUUCGUGUAUUUUCGGACUGUUUAACCGAUUGUUAUUGCUUCUUAAAGAUGACAAGGCUCUGCUUCAUGAAACUAUUAUACGAUAUUAUUUAAUACAGAUGUCUGAUAAUAAAAUUUUUGUUUUUCA